UGAAGGCAGGCUAACUUUUCUGCGGAUUGUGUAGCCUACUUUUAGCACGGUGAAGUUUGUUGUUAGCUGUGAUUAAGGUUUAUCUUACAAAAACAGGGGUCGACAUUGAGCUCAGGAGCCAGCUGAGGUUUUAUUGAGGAUGUGAAGAGGAAGAUGAAGAAAGGGCACAGCUGUUGACGUCCGGCGGCGAUUUCCUUUAUUUCGCAGCACAAUCAGUUAACUUUGACAUGUAACGUUAAGCUCCGCGCACUGCGGGAUGAGCGCUGUGUAUUCAACCUUCUCUGCGCUCUGUGAAACUCUCUAAAGGCUACUUGUUGCUUUUCAACUCGAGACUUUACUGAACUUUGGUGGAAACAAUGUUGGAAAAGCUGUCACGUUAUUUCACCACGGAGGGUGAACUUUUUCAUGGAAAGAGUCGGUGGACUUCGGCCGCGGCUGCUGUGCUCCUCCUGGGGUUGUUUGCGUCGUCUUGUUGGGCAGAAGAAGCAUCCUGUCACGGAGCUUACGACCUCUACUUUGUUUUAGACAAGUCUGGAAGUGUCUCUAAUGACUGGGUCGAGAUUUACUCGUUUGUGAAGAACCUCACCGACAGAUUUGUGAGCCCCAGAAUGAGAGUCUCAUUCAUCGUCUUUUCGGCCCAAGCCAAAGUCCUGCUGCCUCUGACUGGAGACAGAUCCCAGAUACAAGAGGGUCUGAAGCGCUUGCGGGAAGUAAACCCAGCAGGUGAAACAUACAUGCAUGAAGGAAUAAAAGCGGCCUCAGGUCAGAUACAGACCCAAACGACCAAGUCCUCGAGCAUCAUCCUGGCUUUGACGGACGGGAAACUUGAAGUUUACGUUCACGAGCUCACAGUGAAACAGGCUGAAGAGGCGAGGAAAUUCGGCGCCCGUGUUUACUGUGUGGGGAUUAAGGACUUCGAUGAGCAGCAGCUUGCUGAUAUUGCGGACACCAAGGACCAAGUGUUUCCUGUCAAAGAUGGCUUCCACGCACUCAAAGGCAUAGUCAAUUCUAUAUUAAAGCGAUCGUGCACAGAGAUCCUGAGUGUGGAGCCCUCCAGUGUCUGUGUGAACGAGUCCUUCGACAUCGUCCUCAGAGGGAACGGCUUUGCUGUCGGCCGCAGCAAUGAAGGCGUCGUCUGCAGCUUCAUAGUCGGCCAGCAAACCUUUAAUCAUAAGCCGAGUGUGGUGCGUAAUGAUUAUCUGCUGUGUCCUGCACCGAAGCUCUAUGAAGUGGGACAGACUAUGGAUGUUCUCAUCAGCCUAAAUCACGGCCAGUCCUUUAUCUCCAGCGCCUACACCAUCGACGCUUCCACAUGUUCAGAUGGUUGGGCCGUGGCGAUAGUCUUCCUGGUGCUGCUGAUCCUCACCGCUCUGGCCCUCAUGUGGUGGUUCUGGCCUCUUUGCUGCACAGUGGUCAUCAAAGACCCGCCGCCACCUCCUCCACCGGCCCGUCCUCCACCACCUGAGCCAGAGGAGCUGCCCAAGAAGAAGUGGCCGACUGUAGACGCCUCCUACUAUGGAGGAAGAGGAGCUGGAGGGAUCAAACGCAUGGAGGUGCGCUGGGGCGAGAAGGGCUCGACCGAGGAGGGGGCCAGGCUGGAGAAAGCCAAGAACGCCGUAGUGUCCAUACCAGAGGAUGUAGAGGAGCCAAUGAUCAAACGUCCCACUCCGAGGGCUGCCCCCACCUACCAUCAAAACGAGAACAAAUGGUACACCCCCAUCAAGGGUCGUCUCGACGCUUUGUGGGCUCUGCUGGGGCGGCAGUAUGACCGAGUGUCCCUCAUGCGACCCACAGAUUCAGACAAGGGUCGGUGUAUUAAUUUCAACCGUGUGCAGCAUCAGUAGAAAAGAAGGACUACUGUGUGAAGACCAACAUGUGCAGAUCGCUAUGGACAAGAGAAGAAUUUCAUUUUUUUUUUUGAAGAUCUUUAGUCCUGCAGCUAAAACCACUAUCUGUUCACUCUGCUCUACUUUGUGCACAAAGUUUCUCCUCUGUUUUUUGUUAUGCUGUUAGACCUUUAAAGCACACAGGGUGAAAUUUUAAUAUGAACUCUUAAACAUUAAGUUAUUUACUACCUAUUUUCUAUUACCAAAAGAUUUCUUUUAAAUUAAAAAGAAGACGAAAAGCCGAGCAGAAGCACAGGGUGCCCCAGAACUCAGCACUCAGACUCGGUUAGCUUUUUGUGUGCACCAAAGGCUUAACAUAUUCUGACCAUAUUGUGCCUUCUGUGAAAAACCUAAUUUCAUGGACACAGACGGAAGCUAUCUAAAGAAAGGAAAAAAAAAAAAAAAAAAACUGCAGAAAGGGGGCUGUUUGCCUUUGGCGUGGAAGUCGGAAUAAUCCCAGUGGGCCAUACAAGUGCAGAAGUCCGUUGCCUUUUGGCAAUGUCUCAUCACAAAUCCUCUCCAACUUCGGCAGUGCUGGAUGCCUGGCGGCUGCCCUUUGACUGGCUUAUCUUGUCAUUUUAACACUGAGAAGUGCACACGCAUGACAAAUUGUAGACAGGAUGCCCCAAGGUAUUGGAAGGCACCAAGACUUUGCCCUGUAGUUUUUUUGUUUUUUUUUUUUUUUUUCUAAGACACCUUCCUUUCAUUAUGCACUCGGGACAAGAAAAUUAAUAGAGCGUUAUUCGACCGCAGGACAGCCUCCUGACCAGGAUGAUCUCCAGCUAGGUUU